AGUCUGUACUUCCAAUCGUUCGGAUCUAAAUUUAAACGACCUCGCGAUGCGCCCGCGCAGUACCAAACGCCGCGCAAAACGCAAACGUAGCACAUAUUAUAAUUUUCGAAUCGAAUUAACGAAAAGGACCACCUAAAUAAGUAUGUUGUGAUGUGAAGCAACCAUGAAGUUUUCUAUUGACGUACUUGGAGUGUUUUUGAAAAUUGUUAUUAGGGUAAAUAGAGACACAUUCGCGCCUCUAGUGGUAUCAACACUCUUUAUCCUACUGACAUCGAUACUAGCGCAUUGCGCUCGGCGUCUGGUGCAGAAUAUAGUGAAAGAUCCUUUCAUCAGAUUACUAUUUGAGGAGGCAAUAGCAGCAGCUGAACUGUGUGGCUGUUGCUUUGAGUUAAUAGUCGUUGCUGACAACUUUGGUGUUGCCACAUACGCGGUAUACCUUUUCGCACUAACUAUCUGGUGGUCAUUGAGCUGGGGAGACGCAACAGCUUGCCCCUAUACACACAUUGAAGAUGUCAUUGAAGGUCGAGGGGAUGUUCGCAAAGCCCUACUUAAGACUUGGGCGGAGUUGGGCGGCGGCAUGCUCGUGUUCAAGUACGUGCAAAUGUAUUGGGCGCUAGAGAUCUCUGACACACACAAGGAUAAGGCUGUGGAGGACUGUUCGGCUGAUCUACAGGUGCCCGUGUUAUAUGGCGCCUUGGUGGAGGGCAUAGCGACAUGCUUAUGCAGACUGGCAUCAAGGGCCUUGGGUGAUCUAAAUCCUAGAUUUGCCACCGCUAUCGACGCCUUUAUUGGUACCUCUCUGGUAGUAGCCGGGUCUCUGUAUAGAAACACGAUUUUGACCUACAACUAUGAAGAUAAUCCGAAUGCUGACUUCUACUUGUCAAUUUCAUGCAAAGUACAUUUAGGAAGAGCUUUCGACUAUUCGGGUGGCUACUUCAAUCCUGUAUUAGCAACGUCACUGAAAGCCGGUUGCCAUGGACACUCGCUGUCAGAAUUCGCCACCGUCUAUUGGGCCGGCGCGUGCGCUGGUUCUAUUGUCUCUGUUUACCUGUACAAACUUCCAAUAAUCCAGGAGUAUAUUCGAGGACCUGCCGAGGUAAAUGGAGACAGCAUUUGGGCUGGAAAAGAAGAUUAAAAGUUUUAAAAUGUCGAUUUUAAUUGUUAUAAUCAAUUUCGUCCCAUCCCAAAUCCCACACUAGGGCAGUUUUUUUUAAUUUUGUAAUAUUAUUCAGAUGUUAAUACUAAAUGACUCCUUUAUUAAGAGAUUUUUUAUUAUUAAUACUUUAUUAAUUAUUAUAAAGAGACUCUUGGUCUUCGAAACGGAAAAUAAAUAUGGUUUAAAUGGCCUUUGGUCAAACGAUACUAUUCAUGUUUCUCUUUAGCUUCUUCCAGCUUCAUUUACCAACUUGAAAUUGGACGAAUAAAAGUUGUCUGUGACUCCUACCAUACUAAAAACUCUUAUGACUACUAAUGAAGGGGCAGAGUAUACAUGUUAAUUUUAUACUAAUAAGGUUGUAUUAUUUGUAUAAUUACCGGUCAUUGGUACAAUUUCUUCUAGUCAGUCCAUCGGAUAGUUGUUCUAUUUAAUGAUGGCUCUUAUAAUUUAUUACUAUAUUAAUUUAUUUACACAUUACAGUUUAAAUUUUAAUAAAUUAUAAUAAGUGCUACGAAUUUUGUAAAUAAAUUGUUAAUACAA